UCUAUUAUAUGAAACCUAUUACAAGCAAGUGGAUCCAUCUCAUACUGGCAGGGUAGGACCAUCAGAAGCAGCACUCUUCCUGAAAAAGUCUGCACUUUCAGAUGUUGUCCUUGGAAAGAUUUGGGACCUGGCUGAUCCAGAGGGAAAGGGUUACCUGGACAAACAGGGAUUUUUUGUUGCUUUGCGGUUAGUGGCCUGUGCACAAAGUGGACAUGAAGUUAACAUGGCCAGCCUAAAUAUACCAGUGCCACCUCCCAAAUUUAAUGAUACCAGUAGUCCCCUUUUGAUCACGCCACCGCCUGUUGAAGGUCUUUGGUCUGUUCGGACAGAAGAGAAAGCCAAGUUUGAUGGAAUUUUUGAUAGCUUAUUACCAGUGAAUGGUUUACUAUCUGGAGACAAGGUGAAGCCGGUACUGAUCAACUCCAAACUACCUCUGGACAUACUAGGACGGGUGUGGGAGCUAAGUGAUAUAGACAAGGAUGGACAUUUGGACAGGGAUGAGUUUGCAGUGGCAAUGCAUCUUGUAUACCGAGCUCUAGAGAAAGAACCUGUACCAACUGUCUUACCACAAUCCUUGAUACCCACAUCCAAGAAAAAGAAAACACCUACAUUCCCAGGAGCUGUCUCUGUGCUUCCUGCUAGUCCGCCGCCAAAGGACAGUUUACGGUCUACUCCAUCUCAUGGCAGCAUGAGCAGUUUAAACAGUGCGGGGAGCUUGUCACCCAAACACUCCACAAAGUCUAGCCAGCCUGCUUUGAAUUGGGUGGUACAUCUCACAGACAAGAUGCGCUAUGAUGACAUAUUCCUUCAGACUGACUUGGACAUGGAUGGCUUUGUUAGUGGACUGGAAGUGAAGGAUAUAUUCAUGCAGUCUGGACUCCCACAAAAUAUUUUGGCUCACGUAUGGGCUUUGGCUGAUACGAGGCAGAUGGGGAAGUUGAACAAAGACCAGUUUGCACUAGCAAUGUAUCUUAUACAGCAGAAAGUCAGCAAAGGAAUAGACCCACCUCAAGUCUUAUCUCCUGACAUGAUUCCACCAGCGGAAAGGAGCACUCCGAUACAGACCCUGUCUGGUUACAUGACCCCUGUAGGAAACGACAUGACAAGCUUGCCAGAAAUACGGCGUGACAGCUCAAGCUCUGUUGGAUCUGGAGAAUUUACUGGGGUAAAGGAACUAGACGAAAUCAGCCAUGAAAUUGCCCAGUUGCAGAGAGAAAAAUACGCUCUUGAGCAGGAUAUCAGGGAAAAGGAAGAGACCAUAAGGCAUAAGACCACAGAGGUACAGGAGUUGCAGAAUGAUCUAGACCGGGAAACAUCAACAUUGCAGGAACUGGAAGCACAAAAGCAAGAUGCACAAGACCGGCUAGAGGAAAUGGACCAACAGAAAGCAAAAUUAAAAGACAUGCUGAGUGAUGUCAGGCAGAAGUGCCAGGAGGAAGGGCAGAUGAUUUCUUCUCUAAAGGUACAGAUUCAGUCCCAGGAGUCCGAUGUGCAGGCACAAGAGGAAGAACUUAACAGAGCCAAAUCAGAACUCAACAGAUUGCAGCAGGAGGAGACUCAACUGGAGCAGAGUAUUCAGGCUGGCAAAGUUCAACUAGAAACCAUUAUUAAAUCAUUAAAAUCCACGCAAGAGGAGAUCAACCAGGCCCGAAGUAAAUUAUCACAGCUUCAGGAGAGUCAGCAAGAAAUGAACAAAAGCAUUGAGCACUACAACACUGCUCUCAAUGGAGAUCAUGGGGGCAGUCUGAAUAAUCUUGCAGAUGCUGAGACAUUUUCCUCACGAGAGAGGCUGGACCUUUCCACAUCAGCGGAUGAUCCAUUUAAAAGUAAAUCCCAACUUUUCAACAACAGCAACAACCAAGACCUCUACUCUGACCCAUUCCAGACUGAAGAUCCCUUUACUGCAGACCCUUUUAAAGGGGCAGACCCAUUCAAGAGCAAUCCAUUCGGCGAUGAUCCUUUUAAAGAAAGUGAUCCCUUUCAUGCUCCCCCUACUGAAGACCCAUUCCAGAAGCCCAGCAAAAGUGAUCCUUUUUCUGCUGACCCUUUCACAAAGAAUAGUGUCCACUCCAUGACCCUGCCAUUAAAGGUCUCAAGGCAAUUCCCACUUUUAUCUGAUCCUUUUGAGAGCAGAGAUCCUUUCUCCUCUUCAACACUGCCAAAGAAAGAAUCAGACCCAUUUGGAACUCUGGACCCCUUUGGAAGCAGUGCAUUCAACAGUAAUGAAAGCUUUGCAGACUUUAGCCACAUGGCCAAGCAUCAAACUCCCGAUCCCUUUGCAGCUACUUUUCCAGGCUCUGGUUUCUCAGAGGACCCCUUUAAAAGCAAACAUGACAUGCCAGCACUGCCGCCCAAGAGAAGCGUCCCACCACGGCCAAAGCCUCCAAGUGGUAAAAACACCCCAGUGAGUCAGCUGACUUCAGCACAUUUCCAGAAGUCCAGUGACCCCUUCCAGCCAUUUGGGACAGAACCGGGAGACCCUUUUCAUAGUCGGAAGGCAUUUACAGACCCGUUCAGUGGAAAAGACCCAUUUGCCACUACACAGCCAGGAAAACACUCUAAGGGAACAUCUGCCGGUUUUGCAAACUUUGGCUCUUUUGGGAACGAGGAACAGCAGCUAGCAUGGGCCAAACGAGAGAGCCAGAGGGCAGAAAAAGAAAGACUAGAUCGUUUAAAACGACAGGAACAAGAAGACCUGGAGCUAGCUAUUGCUCUCAGCAAAGCAGAAAUGCCCAGCUCUUGAGAACUGUAUCAUCCUGUACCCGUACUCCCUGUGACCAUGUGACAAUAUGCCAACUGUAUGA